CCGCUCCUCAUCCUCCCCAUCGCAAAGCAAGAUGUCCUACAUGAUCCUCGGCCGUCCCAUAGCGAGCGAAUACCUCGCCAUAGGCACGUUCCUCCUCACAGGCGUAGGCGCAUGGGCCGCAACGCGCAAAUCUGCUGUUCCUCCUGCUGCCGCCGGGGCCAAGAUCAUCAAGCCUGCGGAGGUGACGGUGCAGGGGGCGAGUAAAGAAGAGGAGGAGUUUAUUCGCCAGUUUGUGGCUGAGGCGGAGAAGGAGGAUAAGGCGCAUCAUUAGUCUCCUCGCGGGGCCAGAGGGGAAAGAGAGGAAAGGUGUAGAAGGAGCAGGAUAGGAUGGAGUAAUACUGUCUCCAGGAUCGGGGGACUCGCUGGUUGUCCAGCCAAAAUGAACGAUUCUUCG